AUGGCUGCUGACACUUCACAACACCCCAAUCUAAACCUGACGCCCGAAGAGAAACGAGUGUUUUAUCAGUUAUUCCAAACGGCGGAUAAGACCAAUCUGGGUGUUAUCACGGGAGAAACGGCGGUCACCUUCUUCGAGAAGACAAACUUGGCCCCCGAGACCUUGGGUUUGAUCUGGCAAAUCGCAGAUACGCAGAAUCGCGGGCUUUUGACGCCAUCAGGUUUUGGCAUUGUGAUGAGAUUGAUCGGCCAUGCGCAGGCUGGUCGACAACCGUCAGAGGAAUUGGCUUUACAGCCCGGCCCUUUACCUAGUUUUGCCGGUCUCAACAUAGAUCCGCAAACUGCCUCAAGUCCACCUCCGAAUAGCGCCCCUCUCAGGGUACCACCAUUAAACCCCGACGAUGUCGCGAAGUUUUCCGCUCUUUUUAAUAAAUCAGACACGCAAAAUGGGGUUAUCUCUGGAGAGACCGCGAAGCAAAUAUUCGAGCGGGCACGUCUACCCAAUGAAAUACUGGGCAGAAUAUGGAAUCUAGCGGAUUCGACACAGCGCGGUGCUUUGGACUCUGCAGAAUUUAUAAUCGCUAUGCACCUCUUAACUGCCUAUAAAUCAGGUACUCUGAGGGGAAUACCCCCCACGCUACCACCGGGAUUAUACGAAGCUGCGGCUCGGACGGCGGUGACACGGAAUUCAACGGGCUCUCGAUCUGACGUGCCGCCAGUGCCUGCUAUCCCAAAGCAAUUCAGUGGCCCUGGUGCACCCCGUGCACAGAGUCCCUUAAGCCAGAUGCAUACAGGAGGCGACUGGUUAAUCACUCCCCAAGACAAGGCACAUUUUGAUAGUGUGUUUGCAACCGUAGACAAAGCAAGGAGCGGAUAUAUCAAUGGAGACCAGGCUGUUGGCUUCUUCACUAAUGCACGCCUGCAAGAAGAGGUUCUGGCACACAUCUGGGAUCUAUCAGACAUUGACUCUGACGGCCAGCUAAGUAGGGAUGAGUUUGCAGUAGCCAUGUAUCUGGUCCGCCAGCAGCGCACGACAAAGGAACCGCUACCACAGACCUUACCCCCUAAUCUGAUCCCGCCCAGCAUGCGACGCCUAAGCGCUCGUGCAGUUCAGCCUCAGUCAACCGGAGCCAGGUCAGCGACUGAGGAUCUCUUUGGUCUUGAUGUGUUCACGGCGCCUACUCAGAUACCACAGUCUACAGGAGGUUCAAGCUCUCACUUCCAGCCGCCGUCCUCACCAACACGCCAGAUCCAGUCAUCAACCUUUAAGCCCUUUGUGCCUGCGUCCUCCUUUGGCCAGAGCCUAGGUCCUAUCACUGGCGGCCGCUCUACUCCUGGAAUGCAACACAUAUCAUCGGCAUCUCCAUCUGACGACCUGCUCGGAGACGCGGACCCCGAGGAGAGCAAGAAGUUGACUCAGGAAACUACCGAUCUCGCAAACCUUUCCAACCAGGUUGGCACGCUGUCCAAGGAGAUGCAAAACAUACAGACCAAGCGCGGAACAGCUGAACAAGACAUCGGCCAGGUUGACCAUCAAAAGAAAGAGUUUGAAGCCAGACUUGCACAGGCUCGAGCAAUGUACGAAAACGAAGUCAAGUCCCUAAAGGCACUUGAAGAGCGGUUAACGACCUCGCGCGCCGAGUGCAAGAAGCUUGAACAAGAAUAUGCCCUGAUCGAAGCCUCCCGUCGCGAUCUGGCUACCCAAUACAGCCAAAUGGCAGCUGCACUAGAAGCUGAUCAGCGCGAAAACGCCUCCUUGAAAGAAAAAAUCAAACAAGCGAAUGCACAAACCAGUCAGCUAAAACCACAACUCGAGAAGACUCGAUCCGAAGCUCGUCAGCAAAAGGGGUUGGUGGCUAUAAACAAGAAGCAGCUUGCAACGGUUGAAGCGGAACGGGACCGUCUCCAAGAAGAACUUGAUCAAUAUAGCCAACACCACGAAGGAUCAGAACGAGACGUUACUGCCCCCGGUUCCCACAAUUCACCAUUUGAAAGCCCUACCGCUUCAACCAGCAGCGCAAAGAACCCAUUCUUCAGACGAGGAACGGGUAUGUCCUCUCCCGGCGCGCUUUCACCUCAGGCCACGGGUCAGAAGCAGCAGCAAGAGAACGACAACCGCAACGUCUUCGAUAACAUGUUCGGGCCCUCGUUUACUGCCCCAUCGACCUCCACCCCUCCCCCACAAACCACGUUCAGAGCCGCAUCCCCUCAGACCAGCACCGCAGCUUCGAAGGAAUCGUUCACUCCCGAGGGUGGAAGAGUCGCCAGCAGCAGCGGUAAUUUCACGCCAUCUACCGCCUUUGAUAGUCAAUUCGGAGCACCUUCAGAACCACCAGCGCCUCCCCUUUCAAGGCAGAUUACCCCUAACAACCUGCCUCUUGAAGGGCACAUAGCAUCUGUAACAUCAUCCAACAGACCAUCUCCACCAGCCAGUCGCUUUGGCACAUCAGUUAUUUCAGAUGCGGAUGCAUUCAAGAAGCAAGCAUCUCCUUUUGACGAAGAACCAAUCGAUGAGGAUGCCACGCCAGGAGGAAAUGACGCGAAGCAACUUCAACAAGCCGAAGAUCCAGAGCCAGAUCUUCCCGGUGCCUUCCCAACAAACACUACGCCGCAGCCUGAGCAGACUAAGAAGGACGUCAGCUUUGAUGAGCUGUUUGCUAAUGUGGGACAUGCAAGAUCCCCAUCGCAAAAGGCUUCGGAUUUUGAUGAAGCCUUCGCAUCCAUGAAGAAGCCAGCCAGCAAGGGCGAUGGAGAAAAAACUAAAUCUAACGGGUCUGCUGCCGCCGAAGGCAACGAAUUUCCUCCUAUUAGGGAGUUUGAAGUAGAUGAUGACGAUGAUGAUUCUUCUGACGAUGACCAUGCUGGGUUUGAUGAUGAUUUCGCGCCCGCCUCUCCACCAAGACAAACGUCGCCUCCUUCACAAGCAUCUAAAGAUGCGCCUCAAAAGUUUUCCUUCCCCCCCAUAGAAGCACUUAGCAAUCCUACGUCUCCCCCCUCCGGCGCUAACGCUCAGAACAACGCCCCCGGAGCCACUCAACUCGGAACUAUCAGUCACCAGCCUUCCGCCAGUAUCAAGAAGGCGGCAAAUCCUGACUUCGAAGCUGCUUUUGCCGGCCUUGACCUGACUCCAGCAAAGGAAAUCGAAGAUGAUGGCGACGAUGACGACGAUGAUUUUGAGACCGCAUUCAAUAAAGACGCGUCUAAUUUCGAUAUUUCUUUUGACUCCCCCUCUGGCCCUCCCAAGCAUACGAGCAACUCUAGCAGUGCAGACUUCUUUUCAUUCCAGUCUAACACUGGAGGAAACGCCAACCCAGCUGCAGUAGCUUCGCAAAACGGCAAAUCUCCAUUCUCUCAGGAUACAUCUCCAGCUACGGGAAAUAAUGCCAGCUCGAACCACGACUGGGACGCUUUAUUUUCUACCCUUGACUCGACGAAGGUCGCAGCCGGCGGAGGCAAAGAGGCCGCGAAACUUCCUUCUGGAGAACAAGCUAAGCCAGGCGAUGCCUCAACUAUUUCGUUCCCACAGCCACCCAGCCAAAACAAGCCAGCUGGGUGGGCACUUGAUUCCAACACAGGUGAAGACGAUAUGAUACUCCAGCGAUUGACGGGAAUGGGUUAUCCACGCGACGAAGCGCUCGCCGCCUUGGAGAAAUUCGAUUACAAGCUCGAUGAAGCUGCCGAUUUCCUUGCUUCUAAGUCAUAA